AUGCCGCAGGUGGUAGUGCCAGUAUACACAGGAAAACACUAUGAGAAGAGUUUCAGGUGGAGGUUCAGGUUGAUCAUUUUGUUAGCAAUAGAUUUGGCAAGAAUAGAGGAGCAAGGUUGAUCAUUUUGUUAGUGAAUAGUACAGACAGAACAGCAACAGUCAGAGGUUAGCAGCGGUCACCCUGUGUGAUAGUACUAUGGUAAGGUUAUAGGUGGCAAGUAUGGAUCAUUUUGUUACUGAAUAGUACAACAGUAAUCAUAAGUAGACAACAACUAGAUACUCAUCUCAGAGAUUGUUCCCAACAUCCAAACUAAGAAUAUUCUAAUCCAAGCCUACAAGUGAUGUUAGGGAAGCUUAAUUCCGCGUAAUUCCGUAGGUAGUAUUCUCAUCACCACAGGUGAUGAAGAAGCACUACCCGUUUGUGUUCCCAUGAUUCUAAUCCCCACAAGUGAUGGAGGACUACACGUUCAUGGAGAAGAAAGGUGAGGGAGCAUUCGGCAAAGUGAACACGGUCAAGCACAAGCGGUCGGGCAUCCUUAGAGCCUGCAAGGCGAUCGCGAUGCCGGAUAAAGAGAUGAAAGAAUUGGUGGAUACCGAGAUCACUCUCAUUAUGACAGGAACAAGUGGAUACCGAGAUCACUCUUAUAUAUGAUCCAGGGCUUGUCGCUGCCGGUACCCCCCUCCUAGCGUAGGGGGGGGUACCGGCAGCCCCGGACCCCUUUGGGAGGCGUCUGCCGGGGGUGGAAGGCCUCAAAAGGGGGCCAAGUGGCCGCCUUCGCUCUUCCAGGUGCUUGGCUCUCCCUAGAGGCCUCCAACGUAAGGAGGUGGCAGGCCUUUGAAGGCGGCAAAAGCCGAGGGGCUGGACCCCCUGAGCCGUGCUGCUUGUUCCCUCCGGGCCCUUGGUCAAAUCAUUGGCUUGCCUGUUCUUGCGACCGUGGCCGCCCUCGGCGGCCUUUUACCCCGGAGACCUCCCGCCUGCGAGGGUCAGCAGAGGCCAGGAGGUCCCGGAGGAACCGGCUGAGAGGCCCAAGGGGAGGCCCGCGCCAAGUUUGGACGCCUUCCCCCACUAGAUUCCGCGCCGAAAUGCGCGCGGAAAAGCGCGCGCGCGCGCCACCACAGACCAGACCACAGGGGGGGGCGCCGUCCAGCCCUAAGUCAUAUAUAAUUAUCAUUAUGCUCAUGCUGUAGUAGUGGAAAUAAGAUACGCACUAGAAGUUGAGGACUACAAGAAAGCAAUCUAUCCUACUCGCAAUAAUAAUAUACAUGAAAGCAAAAGAAUUCCAAGGCAUAUCUGUCUAAGAUUCUGACAUAGAUAAUCUUCCUAGCUCCCUGGAUCAUCUUGUCUCUUUUCAUAGUUUUGAAGUCGGUGGAUCAUCCAAACAUCCUACGGUUGUACGAGACAUAUUAUGACGGCGAUGCCCAAGUCUUCCUGGUGACAGAGUUGUGCAACGGUGGAAGCCUCUUUGACAGGUACUAGUAGUUUGGAGUUGGAAAUCGAAUUCCUCGAGGGUUUCUAGUCUAUGCAACUCCCCCUUCUUUCUCCAAUAACGAUCGAAUUCUCUAAUAACAAUUGACAACAAGAACACACUCACACAUCCUUGUCCACCCCCUACACGACAGGCUCGCCUUCCACACGAGACAACUGAAGAAGCCGAUGUCUGAAAAGCAGAGCGCUAGGUACAUUCAGGAAACUCUCCAAGCUCUGGCCUACUGUCACUCGAUGAAGAUCGUCCAUCGGGAUAUUAAACCGGAUAAUGUCCUCUUUGUGAGCAAGUUAAGAAUCUUCAUGGAACGAUAAUUCUGAAACAAAUUAGCCUUAGUAGUUUAUCUUUAUCAUCAGAAUCUGAAACUCUUUUUGUUAGUGUAAAUAAGAAUGGUGGACGUGGAAUGGAAUCAGGUGGUCCGUAACCUUCGUAGUUUAUCAGAGUCCUUCACUUUCGUAGUUUAUCAUCAUGACGUGACACUGGCCUAGAGAUGACGAGGUGCCAUGACAUGACAUGACUUUCGUAAUUUAUUAUCAUCAGAAGGACCUACCUUGUCCUUCCUCUAAGGACCAGUGCAAAUUCGACAGUGAAAGUUUGCGAUUUGGGUCUCUCGGACUUCAUGGAUAAGAUCGAGAAGGCAGCAAAAACAGUGAAAAUAAAUCCCGACAAGGAAAAAAUCUUAUGACUUUUUGUGGAUCAAUCUGCUCUAUAGAUAUUCGGCUACAGGAUAGAAGUGAAUGCUGCAUUUUGAGUACCUACUGGAUGAAAAUAGAACAGGGUGGAUUCGCUUUCUCUUAAUGAUACCUCUCAGAGUCUCAUCAGAGAUGAAUCUUCUCAAUAUCCUCGAGGAAUUUCUUCUAAGUGCCAACGACGACCUUCGCCGAACUAUUGGGUUUAAAUCGGACAAGAGCAAUCCGUUGAUUCGAAAGGUCAUGGCUAAAGCGGGAACGCCGCAUUACAUGCCUGCAGAAAUGCACCAUCGUGCGUGGUAUGAUUAUAAUUAUGGCUUUGUUGAUCUUGAUGGGCGGAACUUCCUGAUCAAAAAUAAAAAAAAAAUGAGGUUACUUUUAAUUGUGAUUAGAAGUAAAGUGGACAAGACCCUGUAGCUCGCGUGUCCUUUUUUAGGUUGAUCCACACCUAUCCUAUCCUGUCUAAUCCAGUGUCCUUUUUUAGGUGGAGAUCCACCCCUAUCCCAUCCUAUCCCAUCCUAUCCUGUCUAAUCCAAAGCUGACGUCUUUGCAUGUGGGGUGAUGCUUUAUCAGAUGCUGACGACGGUUCAUCCUUUCUUCAUUCCAGGAAAAGAUAAUGCGGAUACUGCCAGGAUGAAAAUCGUAGUGGGCAAAGUGGAUUAUCCCUCCGAUCUGUGGUUAAGGACACAAUUAUCCAUCUGAUCUGUGGUGAAGCUGAAGGACGACAAUUUCCGCUUGCGAAGACGCUGACAUCGUAGUGUCCUUUCGAAAGAGAAAAGAAACUAGCACCUCCUUAUCUACGGAAGAUGCCCAACAUCAUUAUGUUGAAGAUUAAAGAAGCGUCAAGCUCUAAACCGAAACGACGUCUCGCCAUUGGGGAAACAAAUCACCGAACAAAUGUUGGCGUGCGAUCCUGACGACAGGCUCAGCUCUUUCGAUGCGUUAAAACACAAGUGGUUUGAGUCGGCGCUCAAAAUCGAAAACACAGAAACACUUUUAAGGCUUCGGUGGAAGCACCUGGUUGCAGAUGGUAGAGUGCAGCGUAUGGAUAUAAUUUGUAAGAUACUAGUACUGAGGCCAUGAGCUGCACCUAGAAGUAGAAGAGCCAUGCCAUGAUAUUUUUGCCUGAAUUUGUAGCCUUCCUAGAUUUGGUACAACUAGGAUGAUGCCAAAGCCAAUCAUAUCCCAAGUCAGUGUAAAUUAAUUAUUCUCUAAUACCUCGCAACUCCACUGUCGAAAACGUGGUCUCCUUUGUGAAAUACGGUAAGCUGAAACAAGCUGUCCUCCGUCUUCUGGCCAAGGAGGUAUCAGAAGAUGAGAUUGAACAGCUCAAGAUGCAGUUCACGCUGUUAGAUAAAGACGGUGACGGCAUCGUGUCCCUAGAAGAGGUUCUGAAGGCAGCGGGGAACGCGAAGUUAUGACCUCGUCCCUAUUCGUUAUUUACUAACUAGUGUAGUCUAUUAUUCGAAACGUGAAAAUAAGCGAGUAGCUGACUGAAAUAAGAAGGCCAUUUUUACGAUGCUCUUCUUUCAGUAUCUCGCUUAUUCUGAGUAGUUGCUUGCUUAUUUCACAGUUACUUACUAUUUUCAUUGACAAGUUGUAGGGUCAGUCUUUUUGAAAGCAGGAGCUGGGAAUGCGAAGUUACGAAUAGUCGUCGGCGUCGGAAAAUUAGAAAUUUAUAAAAAGAACAUUCCCUCUCUAACCUCAGUAAACGUUUCAAAACGAGAACUAGAGCAGACUCUUUUUGCAUUGCAUGCACCAGGGACCAACGUGAAGGAUACCGCAUUGCAAAUUGGGUUAAACUAUCGCGAUUUUAUUGGCGCUCUGCUGGAGAAAAAAGUGAAAAUCGAUGAAGGACAUUUGUUAUGUUGAUGGAAGUUUUGCUUUACUAUAAUAGGUUUUGUUCUUGCACGGGAUAAACUUAGAUUUUUAGAGGUGAAAACUGACCGGCUGUUUUACUUAGUGCUUUGAGCGUCGCGGAACCUAAACCUUCACCUAAAAGGUGAAAACCCAGCAAGAGAAGAUCUGCCGCACGCCUCUAGCUGAGGAUAAGAAGGAAAAAACUCUAGCGUCCUUGAGCCAAAAUGGCUACGGUAGAAGAUUCUAAGGCAAUAAAGUCGAUAGCUUCUAGUUUCUAUGCUCUAAUCGUCCGUGAAAUCUUCAAGCGGUUCGAGGAUGCCAAGCAAGAAGGAUUUGUAACGACAGAGAGCUUGAAAGAAACUCUGAAAAUGCACAGGAAAAAGGGAGAUGCUGUUGUAGAGGAGGAAUUGAACGCCAAUGAAAUCGCGGAAUUGAUCUUAUGGCGAAGUGUGUACUUGUUACACCUAGUGGUCUUGUAGUUACACCUUGUGGUCUUGUAGUUACACCUUGUGGAAAUUUACACCUUGUGGUCUUGUAGUUACAAUUGUGCAGGGUUGUGUUGUUACACCUAGAACUAGAACAGUAUCAAGAACUACGUACUGAAAAGUAUACAGUACGUACUUUCAAGGCACUGACAGACCAGCGGCGCGCGGUGUGCUAGGCGUUGCCAGUAACAGCUCUAGCGCGGUUACGCCUAAAGGCUCAGACUUCUCUACUUAGAAGACUCUAUCUUUGAUGGACAACUCUGGAUGAUUCUCUCAGCAAAAAGACGGCCAACAUCACGGACAACAACUUUUUUUUGUUUUUUUUUAGUAUAUCAUCAUCGUCGCCCUCUCCGUGUGGUCUUUCUUUCUAACAUCAGGCGGAGCACAAAAGGUGGACUUUCACCGGUUCAAAACGCUGGUCUACAAUAACAUCAAGGAAGAUGCUUACAUGCCGAGUGUCAUUUAUGAUAGAGUAGAUUUGAUAACACAGUAGAUGUGGUUGGAAUCCUUGGAGGUGGAUGAAAAUGGAAUGAAUUAAAAUGCUAUUAUUCAUUCCACAUUACUAUCCACCGUUGUAAUAUAUAGCUUAUAUCGCUGUGGAGGCCUUUACCCACUGUGGAGUCUGCUGUUACCCGUUGCACCUAAUCUCUGAUCUCAUCCUCCAGGCAGGUGAAGAAUCAAGUAUUCAGAGUAGAUUGACCUUUUUGCUCUUCAGGAUGACUGAACGGCCUCUAAUUACAUCGUUAGACAAAGACGUAAUAUGGGUAUCAUGACGUGACAUCUGUUCUUCCUGAGCACUUGUUGUGUAACUAGAAGGUGUUGUUGUCGUGUCUUCUUGUCGUGAAGGUGUCGUGUCUACGUAUCUUCAUGUCUUUCUAACUUGCGCUGCAAAAAUCGGAGAAGGAAAAGGUGGCUUCUGAGCAGAAGGUGGCUUCGGAGAAGAAAGUAGAAGAAAAGAAAGAGGAAAAGAUAAAGACUCAAGAAAAGAAAGAGGAAAAGAUAAAGACUCAAGAAAAGAAAGAGGAAAAGAUAAAGACUCAAGGAAAGAAGGAGGAAAAGGGAAAAGUUAUGGACAAUGAUCCAACACCAGGCUAUAUUAGCCAACGUCAACGUCAUGGCUCUCGUACUUAUCUCGUCAUACACUGUUUGGAACUUCUGUAACCUCGUCUCUGUAACCUCUCUAACACACCCAAGGCAGAAAAGAAGGCGGAAAAAGUGGAGAAGAAAAAGGGCAAGGAGAAAGGAGAAAAGAAAGAGAAGAAAGCUCCUAAGGAGAAAAAGAAGAAAUAAGUACUUGUCUCUCAGAGAACUAUGCUCAGUCAUAGACACACGCAUGAGUAUGCAGCGUGGGUCCUCCAGAUCCAUUCUCAGGAACCCUAUAUUAUGAGGAACGGGUGAUGAUGAAUAUAACCUCACUUUUCAUGAUCUUCUUAAAAAACUAGAGGCUAAUGAUGCACCAUGUUCUAGUUUUUUAGUAGGAUGAGGUGGCUUUACGUUAUUAUCCAUCUUUCUCUUUCUUUCAAAACGAUGAGGUGCUUACUCCAUUUUCUCAGCAAGACGACCGUGAGCAGCAGCAGCGUCCCCGUAAGUCAGAACGUCAAACGGAUGAUCCUAAGAAGAAGCCCUCUUCGUCCAUUUUCUCAAUUCAAAAAAAAUCAAAUACCUAAUGACUAAUUCCGCAAGCUGUUUUUGACGAUUUAUUGCAGUUUUUAGACCUUAAAGGUGCGUAAAUACAUAUAAUUUUUCGAAGUGAGUAUACUGCGUUGGAGCUACAUGCUUAACUCCUCCUUCGUGAAUAUGAAAUUAGCUGAUUGAAUUUCAAGAAUGACCGGAGUUACUUACCACGAUGCUCGAUCAAUCAACAUCAAGAUUAACAAGUCUGCACAGAAACUUACAACCACACCUGAAUGCCUAGUGAUAACGAUAAGACAGUCACUCCUCUAGAGAACAGUCUUGUUCUGUGCACUCAAUGUUGAUCGACGCAAAGACACACACCCCGAGAAGAGCACCGAUAGUUGUAGAAUUGUCGGCCGAAUAUACGGCCUUAUGCUUCCCCAGUCUGUAAGUGAUUAUAAUCGAUUAAGUUAAUUGUUUAAAAGGGACACCGCAUAUAGUCCUGACGCAAAAAAAAACCGGUCCGAGGUCCGAGGCGACAUACAGGACACCCGUCAUUGUCAUUAUGAUUAUCAAUUUGACACGACCAUGAGCACCUAACCGAACCUAAACGACCUC